AUGCGGCGGGAAAGCUUCAAGCGCGGGCGGAUCCGCGUCUGCUCCAGCGUCUUUUCCUUCCCACUCGGCGGCAGCCCAAUCAACCCAAAACCCAAAGAGUGGUACACGCAAAUCGUUUACGACAACCGCCCGCUCGCGCACCCCACGGGCGUCCGGGGAUCCGGCGAGGCCGCGUACGCGCUGUGUCCGAAGCGCACGAACUUCUCGUACGAGACCGGAAAGUGCGGGCGGCCGCGCUGUCCCGGGGGAAGGGCAAGGGCGCGCGCAAGCGCUCGCGGGGACGAGUCCUUCUUCGAUCCGGACUGGGUCGUGCCCGUUCGGAAUGGUGGUGGACUGAGAGGCGGUGUGGGGCCGGUGAGAGGUGACGUCAGCCAAGAUUGGGGUGACGUCAGCGGCGACGGAGAGGGGGACGUCAGAGUGGCCGGGAGCCUUGGCGUCGAUCAGUGCGGGAGUGAAGUCUGCAAAGAGGAGUGGUUGCCGGCACGGAGACCAGACGUGGAAGAUUCAGAGGCCUGUCGCUCGGGUGCAUUGUUGGUAGGCGAGAUCAACGAGUCCGAGGAUUAUGACUGGGAGUUUGUGAACGGGGGUGAUGGAAAGUCGGACGCUGGUUCGGCCGUGGAAUCGGACGGUUCGUGGGGCUGGCUGUGA